UUUUCAGAAUGGAGUUGGGACGGAAGGGCUGACUAGUAGGAGUUACCAGAGGACUCCGAGACGAAGGACUCUAAAACCUGCGCACACCCGCGGCAGUAGGCUACACCUGAGUUCGGGAAGGGUCCAUAGGCUGCUACCGCUGGAGCCGAAAAUCAGUGAGCAUGACUCCUGCGGUGGUUAUUCUUGUUCUGGCAUUGUCCACGGGCACCCUGGCUCUGGACAAUGGUUUGAUGAGGACUCCACCCAUGGGCUGGUUGGCAUGGGAACGCUUCCGUUGUGACAUCGACUGUGAUCAUGACCCAAAGAACUGUAUCAGUGAGAAUCUCUUCAUGGACAUGGCAGACCGACUGGCUGAGGACGGUUGGCGUGAGCUGGGUUAUGUUUACGUCAACAUCGACGACUGCUGGUCCUCCAUGGAGAGGGACGCCAAUGGACGCUUGCAGGCAGACCCAAAGAGAUUUCCAAAUGGCAUCCCUCAUUUGGCACGCUACGUGCAUGACCGCGGCCUUAAGCUGGGUAUCUAUGGUGACUUUGGCACGCACACGUGCGGUGGCUACCCUGGCACCACUCUGGAUAAGAUCCAGACGGACGCCCAGACAUUUGCUGACUGGGGCAUCGACAUGCUCAAAUUGGACGGAUGCUACUCCAACGCUACAGAACAGGAGAAGGGUUACCCACUCAUGUCCCAGGCCCUGAAUGCUACAGGCCGUCCCAUUGGCUACUCUUGCAGUUGGCCCGCCUAUCAAGGCGGACUUCCUCCCAAGGUGAACUACACUCAGCUGGGAGAGAUCUGUAACCUGUGGCGGAAUUAUGGUGACAUCCAGGACUCCUGGUCGAGUGUUCUGAACAUUGCUGACUGGUUCUUCACCAACCAGGAUAUCCUGCAACCGGCUGCUGGACCCGGACGCUGGAAUGACCCAGACAUGCUGGUCAUUGGAGACUUUGGCCUGAGCUUUGACCAAUCCCAGACUCAAAUGGCCCUGUGGGCGAUCAUGGCCGCACCCCUCUUCAUGUCCAACGACCUACGGAGCAUAGACGCCCGCUCCCGCACCAUCCUGCAGAACAAGGGCCUCAUCUACAUCAACCAGGACCCCUUAGGUAUCCAGGGCAGACGCCUGAUCAAGGAGCAGAGUGGUGUGGAGGUGUUUUGGCGCCCCCUAUCUAAUGACGCCAGUGCCCUGGUGUUCUUCAGUAGGCGAGAGGACAUGCCAUACCGCUACCAAACUUCCCUCAAGAAGCUCAACUACACUGCCGGCGUGUACCAGGCUUAUGAUGUGUAUCAGGAGAAACUCCUGCCCGCCUUUAAAGACUCCACCGACUUCGUCGUGUCAAUCAACCCGUCGGGAGUGGUCAUGUGGUUUGUGGUUCCUACCAAGCAAAUGAUGGGGGAUGGCAAGCUCUUUGGCGGUGACCGUCUUGCAAAACCCACCCACCUCUGACCAGCCUCAAGAGUGCAUGAUGGCACAUAGAAAUGACAUCACUGUACCGUCAUUGAUGUUAUCACCAGGAAUGAUCUCAGGUUUAGUUGAUUUAUGUUUUUGGACUGUUUUUGAUGCUUGCAUUUUAGAUUUUUUCCCUUUUUAAUUUAAUUUUUUUGUAUUUUGGAGUAUUUUGUUUAUUUUUGUAUUUUUGAUCAUGCUUUGAGCUGUGAAGCUAAGAACGGGAGAGGAACAGAGAGUAAAGUGUGUGUGUGUGUGUGUGUGUGUGUGUGUGGUGUGUGUCUUCCCUUCCCGUGCAUACUUGUCCUGUGAACCUCUAAGACAUUGAACAUGUACUUGUGAGUACACACUCUGAAGUGUGCCAGUCUGUGGCCUUCCUCCCAUCGCCUUUUAAAUGGUCCAGGAUGCUGGACACCACCUCUAAUUAAACUGCAUCAGCACUUCUUACCAAC